GUGGUUUAGUGUGCCAAUGAUAGAAAUAAUUAUUCUCAUCGGUUUUUAUGUAAAAAAAUGUUUAUAAACAACCAACAAGACUAACUAACAAUGCAAAACCAAUCAUCUGGAUUGAACUCCUCUUAUAAAAAUGAUGUCCAGCAACACCGUAUGAUCUUUUCGUAUGAAGAAAGAUUGACUGUUCGCAUAAGCUACACUAUUGUAACUUUAAUAGGCGUAUUUUCAAAUGGCAUUGUUUCUUACCUAAUUAUUCGUAUUCGCAAACUAAGAACUACAAACAAUUUAUUGAUUUUGAAUCUUGCAAUUUCAGACAUAAUUGCGUGUUUAAGCAUGUACCCCUUUAUCUACUUUAACUUAUCUGAGACUAGCAUACAAGGUACUACAGCAAAUGUGUUAUGUGGUUUUACAGAAGGUUUGUAUGGUUUCUUUGUUGCAGCCCUAGUAUCAUUAUUAACCUUAAGUGUGCUUUCAAUUAGCAGAUAUUUGGGUAUAAACCAUCCACUAAAAUUAACUUGGAAAUUUGAAGUUAAACAUAUGAAAUGGGUGUUUGGAUUAUCUUGGUUAUUCAGUGUAGGAUUUCUUAUACCUAACCUUGUAUCAUUUAGAUAUGAUGAAACUUUACAGCUCUGCGUACGAAAUUGGGCUAGUGGUGUUAAUCCGUUGAUAUACUUUAUUUUUACAGGCAUUUUGGGUGUGUUUUUGCCAUUAUCUUCUCUCUUGUUUACGUACAUUACCAGUUUAUAUACUUUGUGCUUCAAAGGUCGGUUAAGUAUAAACAGAAGUAAAAACAACUCAGCUGCAUCAACAUGCAGUAUUAAAGUAAAACAAAGAGCCCUCAAGUCGCUAGGUGUUCUUGUAUUGACUUAUAUAACUUGCUGGUCACCUUUUGCUACAUACUGGUUUUUAUCCGUUGCCAUUCGUAAGUACUCGGAAAGUAGUUAUGAUGAUAAAAGAAAAAGCAUCCGCAUUACAAGACUAACAUUAUUUUUUGCAGUAUUCAAUACUGUACUUAAUCCAAUAGUUUAUGCAUACAAAAGCAGACAGCUUAGAUCCGCGUUUAAAUUACUUAUUGGAAUGCAAGUUCAUGAUGUACCAAAUUCGAUAAUAAGAAGUCGAACAUCUUCAAACUAUGCAACAGACACUGAACUUAAUAAGUGCAAUGUAUCUUCUUAAUGCUUUUCAGCAUUGUUUUAGAAUUCAUUGAAGGUUUACAAAUUCACUUUUGAUAAAAAUGUUAUUGUAAGCUCUUUAUAUUUUGAAAAUAUCACAGCUUAUAGUUAAAGUUUAAAA